AUGGAGAAAAACCUUAAGCUGAGGAACAAAAUCUUGAAGAUAUUACCAAAAACAGUUUCCGCUAUCACUUUAACAUUCCAAAACCAUCCAUUCAGUCCUAGUAAGGAUCACAAAUCUAAACCUCGUGGUGGUGUCAAGGGAUUUUCAGGUCCAAUCGUAACGAUAAAACCGAAAAAUAUUGGAAAUGAUUAUGAAGAACCAACUUCACCAAAAAUAUCAUGCAUGGGACAAAUCAAACACAAGAAGAAACAACAGAACAAAAAGACUAAAGACAUAGAAGUGAAGAAACGUGUGACCACUUUUCAAAAGAUGUUGUUUCAUGCUGGGAAGACAAAAUCUGAUGGAAGAAGGAAAUCAGAUGCAUGUGUGGUUCUCGAGGAAAGAACAAGAACAGCACAUCAUGUGAGUCAAAUGAAACGGUUUGCAAGUGGACGUGGCACUUUUGAUAACUUUGAUUGGAAGGCUCAAGUGGGAGCUGGGGAAAUAGAUGAUUAUCAUUCAGAUGAAGAGAGAAUAGAGAGUGAUGAUGAUAAUGAUGAUGAAGAUGAAAAGUUUAUGAUUCCAUUUUCUGCACCUCUUUUGAUUGGUGGUGGUGGUGUUGCUGCUAGUGGUGAUCAUGGACUUGAUUUGAAGCCAAGAAAAGAAAUUAAUCUAUGGAAGAGAAGGACCAUGGCUCCACCUAGACCUCUUCAAUUGGAUCCAGUAAAUUAG